AUGUACAGCACUGCAAUUGUUCUGUCCGCUUUGGUGGCAGCGCCUCUGGCCCUUGGGGCUGCUUUGAGGCCGCGACUUGACAAUGGCGUCGCAAAGACUCCUCCAAUGGGGUGGAAUACCUAUAACCACUACUCCUGCACCCCCAAUGAGACCAUUGUCAAGUCCAAUGCGAAAGCCCUGGUUGACCUUGGCCUUGCUGAUCUAGGAUACCGCUACGUCACUACUGAUUGUGGCUGGACAGUCGCCAAUCGUACUUCAGACGGGUCGUUGACGUGGAAUGAGACCCUGUUUCCGAGUGGGUUCCCAGCACUCGGGGAGUAUAUCCAUGGUCUGGGGCUGCUGUUCGGUGUUUAUGAAGAUGCCGGCAUCAGAUCGUGUCAGACGGACAUGGAGCAGGCGGGGAGCUUGUAUCACGAGGCUCAAGAUGCUGCGUUAUUUACUUCUUGGAAGAUCGAUGCGCUGAAAUACGACAAUUGCUUCUCUGACGCAGCGACCGGCUAUCCAAACGUCAACUACGAGCCAAGCACAUCGCCGAGCGCGCGAUAUACAAACAUGACCAAAGCUCUCGCCGCGCAAGGCCGCUCCGUGCUCUUCCAAAUCUGCGAAUGGGGUGUUGAUUUCCCUGCUCUGUGGGCGCCAGCUCUGGGCAAUACAUGGCGCAUCGGCAACGAUAUCAUCCCAGCCUGGCGAGCUAUCUACCGCACCUUGAACCAAGCUGUCCCGCAAACAUCUUUCGCGGGGCCCGGUCAAUGGCCUGACUUGGAUAUGCUGGAAGUUGGCAAUGAUAUCCUGACUACCGCGGAGGAACAAACCCACUUCUCGCUCUGGGCUAUACUGAAGAGUCCACUUGUUAUCGGUGGUGCUUUGAAGGAUGAAGUCACUUCGAUCAGCGAUGCAUCCCUGGCCAUCUUAUCCAACAAAGAUGUUAUCUCCUUCAACCAGGACUCACUUGGUGUCAGUGCAACCUUGAACCGUCGGUGGUCUGAAGAAGGGUACGAAGUGUGGAGUGGUCCGCUGUCUGGUGGCCGGACUGUUGCUGCGCUGAUAAAUUGGGCUGAUGAGUCGCGCGAGUUGACCCUUGAUCUCCCGGACGUGGGUAUCCAAGCCGCGGGCACAGUGAAGGAUAUUUGGGCUGGUAAGACUGUCAGUAAUGUCAAGAGCUCUUAUACGGCUACUGUAGCAGCACAUGGUGUGAUGCUAGUGGAGCUCAGCGAUACCACUGCAUCUGGCACUUACCCGGCUUCCAAGUUCGGGACCUCCAAGGGAAACUCGGUGACAUUCAACUCGAUCUAUGCGAACACAACAAGUGCCAAUCAUACCCUUGUGGUCGCAUUCUCCAAGUCAUCGUCAAAGGCAACCAGCAUUACCGUGCAGUCCUCAUCAACGCAGAAGAAGAGUACAAUCAACGUCCCAGCCUCUAGCAAGACAGUCUCAGCCUCCAUUUCCCUAUCCGCCGGCUCAUCAAACACAAUUACCAUCAGCUCAACACUCGCAAUCGACUCUAUCCAAAUCCAAUCCCCAGCUGGCACAUACUACCCGUCUACUUCCUUCACCCUCGCAGGCUCAGCAACACUAACCCAGUGCGGCUCGGGCUUCUGUCAACCCGUCGGAUCAAAGAUCGGUUACCUCGACAGCACAAAUACCGCCAGCAUCACAGUUUCCGCUACAGUUUCCGGCACUACCUCGUCCAAGUACCUUGAAUUGGACUACAUCAACAACGACAUCGCAUUCUCGACUUCCUGGGGUCUGGGCGCAAACGCGCGCAAUAUUACUGUCGCUGUGAAUGGUGGAGAUCCUGUUAGACUUGAGGUUCCGUUAUCUGGACAGCAUAGUGAGCUCUUUGGACCUGGGCUUGGUUGGUGGGAUACGGCUUCGCUGGGUGUUGUGGUUGAUGGGUGGAAGGAUGGUGAUAAUGAGGUUGUUGUGGGGAAUGUGGCUGGUAGUGAUGCGUUCCAGACUUGGGGUGCUGAUUUUGUUGGGUUCAGGGUUUUUGACUAA